AUGCUGGGCAGGCAGCGAUCUCCAUGCUUGUUCGUACCAGAUCCGGAGCCAGAACGCAAUCACAAAUUAGUACGAUACUUCUUCAUCAAUAGUGAGAUCGUCUCUGUAAUCGAACCGGGUUACCAUAAAACUGUCCAACAGUGCAAUAAACUACGGUGCCCAUGCUCUGCAAAACAAGAAAAAAAGCGCAUGCAACUUAAACGCAAGAAAGAGAUGGACAGCAUUGAUAUAAUUUCAAAUUACAACAAGAGAGGUAGGAUUAUUUUUGCAGGCUUGGCACAGAUUGCCAUCUCUGAUUAUGCCAAAUUAAAAUUGAAAGCGGAAACUACCUUUCAGCUUUCAAGUAAACGAUGCAACAACGACGUAUUUGCUUUUGAAUCAGCUGAACAAAGUUUCAAAGAUAAAGGCACGGGCAGUCAGUUUUCAACCACUCAUUGUUUCACUUCAUGUCGUUUUAUUUGCAUGGAUGGCUCAAAUAGAAAAGGCAAAAUAUUGGAUAGUAAUCUGACUCAAGUUCAAAAAAAAAAUAAAUGA